CCGGCCCUCAUAAAGUGAACAAGUGUCAUGUCCUGUGGGAUUCAGUCAGGCUGCAGCAGCAGCAGCAGCAGCAGCAGCAGCUCGCUGGCCAGCACGUCUUGAGAGGCAACUCUGCACGCUGGGACCCACCUUUCUAUGCCCAGCGAGCUUGGAUCGAGAGGACGUUUCUGAAGAGAGAAUGUGUUCACAUCUUCCCUACCAAGGACCCCACCAGAUGUGCAUGUGGUCAGCUGACUACACAACACGUGGCCAUCCCGCCCGGCGCCAACUCUCUGGAGGAGGCUCACCAGCUAGUCCAGAUCGACACCCCGAAGGACAAAUGGAGCUUGAUCAAGCACACGAGGACAUACCCCACGGACGCCUUCGGUGUGAUCGAGUUCCAGGGCGGAGGGUUCAUCAACAAGGCCAUGUACAUCCGUGCCUCCUUCGACACAAAACCCGACAACCUGCUGCAUCUGAUGGUGAAGGACUGGCAGUUGGAGCUGCCCACCUUGCUCAUCUCCGUGCACGGGGGCCUCCAGAACUUCGACCUGCAGCCCAAACUCAAGCAGGUUUUCGGCAAAGGCCUGAUUAAAGCCGCCGUCACCACGGGCGCUUGGAUCUUCACUGGCGGGGUCAACACCGGUGUGAUCCGUCAUGUGGGAGACGCCUUAAAGGACCAUUCCUCCAAGUCUCGGGGGAAAGUGUGUGCAAUCGGCAUCGCCCCGUGGGGGAUCCUGGAAAACAAAGAGGACCUCAUCGGGAAGGACGUGACCAGACCCUACCAGACCAUGGCCAACCCUCUGAGCAAGCUGGCCGUGCUCAACAACAGCCACUCGCACUUCAUCCUGACCGACAACGGCACGUGCGGCAAGUACGGCUCCGAGGUCAAACUGCGGCGCCUGUUGGAGAAGCACAUCUCGCUGCAGAAGAUCAACACCCGUUUGGGCCAGGGCGUGCCGCUGGUGUGUCUGAUCGUGGAAGGAGGCCCGAACGUUAUCUCCAUCGCCUUGGAGAGUCUGAGAGACGAGCCUCCCAUUCCGGUGGUGGUGUGUGACGGCAGCGGGCGCGCCUCCGACAUCAUUUCCUUUGCACACAAGUUCUCCGAGGACGGAGGGCUGGUCAGUGACGACGUGCGAGACCAACUCCUGGUGACCAUUCAGAAGACCUUCAACUACAGCAAAAGCCAGUCGCAGCAAAUCCUGCUCAUGGUGAUGGAGUGCAUGAAGAAGAGGGAGCUGAUCACAGUUUUUCGAAUGGGCUCAGAAGGACAGCAGGAUAUCGAGAUGGCCAUUCUUACCGCCUUGCUAAAAGGCACCAACGCCUCAGCGGCCGACCAGCUCAGCUUGGCUCUGGCCUGGAACCGAGUGGACAUCGCUCGAAAUCACAUCUUUGUUUACGGACAUAAUUUACCUCCUGCAGGCGCCAUCAGCCACACCACCACCAUGGUGGCUCACACCCAGGAGAAGCAGAAGAGUCCUGCUAGCGCCCCUCGCAACAAGAACCGAGCCAAGAAGGGGAAGGGCAAAGGGAAGGCCAAGCCGGAACCUCCGGAGGAAACUGAUCCAAGGAAACUGGAGAUGAUUCGUUGGGUCAACUCCCUGGAACAAGGCAUGAUGGACGCUCUGGUGCUGGACAGAGUGGACUUUGUCAAGCUGCUCCUGGAGAAUGGCGUCAAUAUUCACCACUUCCUCACCAUUCCGAGACUGGAGGAGUUGUACAACACGAAACUUGGCCCUGCUAACACUCUGCAUGCUGUAGUCAGAGAUGUCAAAAAGGGCAACCUCCCCCCAGACUACCAGAUCACCCUGAUUGACAUCGGCCUGGUGCUGGAGUACCUGAUGGGCGGGGCUUACAGGAGCAAUUACACCAGGAAGGCUUUCCGCAACCUCUACAAUAACUUGUACGGACUUAAAAGGCCCAAAGCUCUGAAGCUGCUCGGCAUGGAGGACGACGAACCUCGGACCAAAGGCAAGAAGAAGGCCAAGAAGAAGAAGGAGGAAGAGGUGGAGAUCGACGUGGACGACCCGGAGGUGUGUCGCUUCAAGUACCCCUUCCACGAGCUGAUGCUGUGGGCCGUGCUGAUGAAGCGCCAGAAGAUGUCGCUCUUCCUCUGGCAGCGUGGCGAGGAGGCCAUGGCCAAGGCCCUGGUGGCCUGCAAGUUGUUCAAAGCCAUGGCCCACGAGUGCUCCGAGAGCGAGCUGGUGGACGACAUCUCCCAAGACCUGGAGAACAACUCCAAGGAGUUCGGCCAGCUGGCCUACGAGCUGCUGGACCAGUCGUACAAGCACGACGAGCAGGUGGCCAUGAAGCUGCUGACCUACGAGCUGGUCAACUGGAGCAACUCCACCUGUCUGAAGCUGGCCGUGGCCGCCAAGCAGCGAGACUUCAUCGCCCACACGUGCAGCCAGAUGUUGCUCACCGACAUGUGGAUGGGCUGCUUACGGAUCGGCAAGAACCCAGGCCUCAAGGUCAUUUUGGGAAUCAUCUUUCCUCCGCUGAUUCUGCUGCUGGAUUUCCGCAUUGGAGAUGAUGCGUCCUACAUUGCACCUGCAGGCAAAGAAGAGGGCAAAGACAAAGACGACGACAACAAAUCCAGCAAGGACCCAAACGAUGCAACUUCCCGCAAAGGCGACGAAGAGGAAGGCAGCGCCAAUGUCCGCAAAAUCCCCAUCGGCAAGAGGUUCUUUGAGUUUUAUGACGCCCCCUUCACCAAGUUCUGGUUCAACACUAUCUCCUACCUGGGCUACCUGAUGUUGUACAACUACAUCAUCCUGGUCAAGAUGGAGCGAUGGCCGUCCAUACAAGAGUGGACCGUCAUCGCUUACAUCCUCACCCUCGGCACUGAAAAAGUCCGACAGAUCCUGAUGUCCGAGCCCGGCAAGCUGAAGCAGAAGAUCAGCGUGUGGAUGGAGGAGUACUGGAACAUCACAGACAUGGUGGCCAUCGCCACCUUCCUCAUGGGGCUCAUGCUGAGGCUGCAGCACGAGCCCUACAUGGGCUACGGCAGAGUCAUCUACUGCAUCGACAUCAUCUUCUGGUACAUCCGCGUGCUGGACAUCUUUGGAGUCAACAAGUACCUGGGGCCUUACGUGAUGAUGAUAGGGAAGAUGAUGAUCGACAUGAUGUACUUUGUGGUCAUCAUGCUGGUGGUGCUGAUGAGCUUCGGGGUGGCCCGCCAAGCCAUCCUUCACCCCGAUGAGGAGCCAACAUGGCGCCUGGCCAGAAACAUCUUCUACAUGCCCUACUGGAUGAUCUAUGGAGAGGUUUUUGCGGACUCGAUAGACCGUAAGACUAGAAUUUAUAUCUACGCCAUGGAAAUAAACCCUCCGUGUGGAGAACAUUUAUACGACGAGGACGGAAAGAAGCUGCCUCCGUGCAUCCCCGGCGCCUGGCUCACGCCCGCCAUCAUGGCCUGUUACCUGCUGGUGGCCAACAUCCUCCUGGUCAACCUGCUCAUCGCCGUCUUCAACAACACCUUCUUCGAGGUCAAGUCCAUCUCCAACCAGGUGUGGAAGUUUCAGCGGUACCAGCUGAUCAUGACCUUCCACGACCGCCCCAUCCUGCCGCCGCCGCUCAUCAUCCUGAGCCACCUCUACAUCCUCUUCAGCAGGCUCUUCCGGCGCUGCGCCCGCAAGAAGCAAGACGGCGAGCUGGACGAGAAGGACCGCGGUCUCAAGCUUCGACUGAAUCCCGAGGAGCUAAAGAACCUCUACGAGUUUGAAGAACAGUGUGUGGAGGAAUACUUCCGGGAAAAAGAGGACGAGCAGCAGUCCUCCAGUGACGAACGCAUCAAGGUGACGUCAGAAAGAGUGGAGAACAUGUCCAUGCGUCUGGAGGAGGUGAACGAGAGGGAGAACACCAUGAAGGCCUCCCUGCAGACGGUGGAUCUGCGCCUGGCCCAGCUGGAGGAGAUCCACGGGCGAAUGGCGGUGGCCUUGGAAAAACUGGCCGGAGUGGACCGCCUGGAGCUGACCAGGACUUACUCCCGCAACUCUUCAGUGUGCGACCCUUCCUCUCUGGUCCGCCAAGGGAGCAUCAACAGCGCCGACGGUUACAGCCUCUACCGCUUCCACAUGGACAUGGAGGAGUUCGCCUCCAAGCAGAAGGACGCCGAGGAGCCGGCGAAGAACGUCCUGGAACGACAGAAGAGUCUUCGCCAAGCGUCCAGCACCUGCGCUCUCAACGCCAAGGAGGGCGCCCAGACUUUAGAAGUGGGGAGCUUGAGUAGAACAAGACCUGGUUCUUGCGUGGACAUCCUUAUAUCUCCGUGUGAAGCCAAGCCGGUGUCCAGCCACGACACUUCAACCAACAAGGACGUCCGAGGAAGCUCGUUGGACAUAAUCGCCGACAAGAACCGACUCAAACCGUCCUCGCCCCCAAAAAGGACUAAAUCCCUGAGACACUAUCCAGCCGAGGACCAGUCCACCUCUCCUUUGACCAAGAAGCGGAGCAUGAGCACCAUCGUCAUCAGCCCUCCUGAUGAACCAGAGGAACCACCUGAGGCCAGCAAAAAACUCCUUCCUGAGAGCUCCGCCUCUCCGAAAAGGACAAAAUCUUUGAGACACGCCCCAGUCCAGACGUCCCCUCUCACCAAGAAGAGGACCAUGAGCAGCAUCGUCUACGCUCCAGCUGAGGCGGACGACGACGUUCUCCACGCUCAAGACUACACGUCCCUGGUGGAGCAGGUGGCCAAGACGCCAAACCAGUGGCCGGCCAACCUGGAGUACAAAGUCCACGCCGGCGACGUGGGUCACGCGCCCAAAGUGUCCACGGUCAGGACCGCCAUCCAACAGUUCCACGCUUCCACAGACGGCGCAGAACUCGCAAGGAGCCAGGGCGGCGAGGGCGGUCCAACCGGGGGGGAGCUCGCGGGAGAGCAGACGAAGACGAAGGUGAGGAGAAACGUGUCGGACGGCGCUCGGUACCUGGCGGUGGAAGGGGACCGGUACCCGCCCACGCACAGGUCGCAGAGUUGCAACGCCACGGACAGGAAGGCGAGGAGCAGGAGAGCCUCCGGCAGCGAGAGAGACCUGGCGGACGCCUGCGAGAUGGAGGACGGCACAGCUGAGGAGAAAUGAGAGAGAAACCACCACAAUGGACGUCAUCUGGACCUCCACAGGUCACAGUCCAUAUAGUUACCUCCACUUACAGGAUCGUUCCCAUCACCUUGUGGUACCAGUACCACACCGCUCCACUUAAGCCAGGGGUCGGCAACCCAGAAUGUUGAAAAAGCCAUACUGGAGCAAAAAUACCCCCCAAAAAAAUUUGUCUGGAGCCGCAAAAAAUGUAAAGUCUUAUAUAAAUGUUAUAAUGAAGACAACACAUGAUAUAUGUGUCUAUAUUAGCCUACUAUCAAAAUGACUUUAAAAGUCUUAUAUAAGUGUUAUAAUGAAGGCAACACAUGAUGUAAGUGUCUAUAUUAGCUAUAGAAGAUGUCAGGUUCAAACACUGAUGACAUCUAUUAAACAGACAAAGAAGCAAGGAAUCAAACAGAGACAAAAUUAAAUUUUGCUCAAUUUAAGAGAAACGUCUGGGCUGUACCCUUGUAGAUUGUACGCCUCCUCUUUUAUUUGGACUUUCCCUGAUUACAUGGCAACAGCUGUUUCCAAAGGAACGGGGGUCGUAAACAGCCGCCGCCUUUGGUUACAAAACAGUUCAAAGAAAAGGUCGUAAACAGCCGUUGCCCUCGGUCACAAAACAGUUCAAAGAAAAGGUCGCCUGGAGGCGGGGUCAGGCCCUGCCUCCUCUCCGCUUUGUAGAUCUCGGGCUAAUACAAAAUCUUCCUGGGGAUUACAAUACAUCAAAGAAACCGACGCCUGUGCUUCUAUGCACUGUAGUCCAACACGUUCAUGCAAGUACUCACAAGUUAGCAUCACAGUAUGGAUUCAUUCUCAGUUCUGCUGUGACGUGACAAUAAUUGAUACACAACAAAUGACAACAUACAGUAAGCAUCAUUUAGUCUACAAAUGUACAAAAGUCUACACAACACAAACACAAUCAGUGCUGGGACUUGAUGCUCAGCUCUCUCACUCCAAUUAGUCCAUUUGGCACGAGGUAUACAAAAGUGUCACCUAACCAUUCCAUCAGAUUCCUGGGGUGACCAUGCGAUUCAGAAUCAGUUCUUUAUUCAAGAUGAGACUUAAGUCAAACUGAUUCUCCAAAUGUAUUAUUUGGUAUAAUAAUUAUAAUGAAACUUUCCCAAAACAGGCUACAAAUCUCUUUCUGGUUCCAAGGAGAUGGCAUAAAACAUCUUCUUUUUUUAAAAUAAUUCUUAUAAAUAAAAAAAUAUAUAUUUUUAAAGGUAUAUUAUAUGGUAAAUAUCCACCCCUCCAUCCAUUUUUUACCGCUAUAUUUAAAUAUAAUAUAUGGUACAUAUAGUAUAAUAUAUUCACCACAUAUUAGGGGCGCACAAACACUUUUUAUUUAAUUAUUUGGUAUAAUAAUUAUAAUGAAACUUUUUCAAAACAGGUUAAAGGUUAGAAAAUCUCUUUCUGGUUGCUUGGAGAUGGCCUUUUUUUUGUUUUUGUUUUAUUUUUGAAAAUUCUGAAUCUAUUUAUAAUAAUAAUAAUACAUUUUGUUUGGUAUAGGGCUUUUCAGAGUACUCAAAGACGCUUAACAGGAUACAAAUUUAAAUAUAAAACAGUUCAAAGUAAUAAUAUAAAAUACAGGAAAUAUAAAAGCAGUACAUUGUAAUAAGACACAGAACACUAAUCACAGGUUAAAAGCAGAUCUGAAAAUUUUAAAUUGGGAUGAAUAAAAAUUGUGUUGUUUUUUUUUGUGCACCCCUAAUAUAUGGUAUAUUAUCUUGAGUUUGAGUUUGAGUUUAUUUCGAACAUGCAAGCACACAUGUUCGAAAAGGAGUAGGAAGAAGCAGAGCUUAUUUAAUCCUACCCCUUUUCUUUACAUAACAGUUGCAAAACUUUUUGUUCACUUCCUGUUCACAAUUUUUUCACAAUAAACUCCAUAAGUAAUCACAAUAAAAAUAAAUAAAUAAAUAAUAGUAAGAAUUGAAUAAUAAUAAUUGGUGAAGUAAGUCAUAUUUCACAUGAUGAGAUAAGUAAGAUUACUUUAAGAAUGAAUGAAUGGAUGGAUGAAAUAAAUUGAGAAUGUUUGUCAUGGUUCUUCUUCUUUGUACUUUGUAAACACUUUAAGUUUGAAGAGUUUCUUGAAGUGGAUCAUAUUAGUACAUUGUUUGAUUGCUUUGCUUAAUCCAUUCCAUCAUUUAAUUCCACAUACUGAUAUACUGAAGGUCUUAAGUGUUGUGCGUGCAAACAAAUGUUUUAAAUUACGUUUUUCUCUAAGAUUAUAUUUCUCCUCUUUUGUUGAGAAGAAUUGUUGUAUAUUCUUGGCUAGCAGGUUAUAGUUUGCGUUGUGCAUAAUUUUAGCUGUUUGCAAAUUCACUAUGUCGUGGAAUUUCAGUAUUUUUGAUUCAAUAAAUAAAGGGUUUGUAUGUUCUCUAUAUCCAACAUUAUGUAUUAUUCCAUCUGAUCUUUUUUGUAUCACCGUUAAUGAAUUAAGCGUACUUUUGUAGUUAUUUCCCCAUAUUUCUACACAGUAGCUCAGAUAUGGUAACACUAGUGAGCAGUAGAGAAUAUGAAGGGAUUUUUGGUCUAGAACAUGUAGGGAUGAUGUUCGAAACCGGUUCUCCCGGUUGUUCGAUAAGAAAAGAACCGAUCGAUAAGAAAAGAACCGAUUCCAUGGACUCUAAUCCCUUUUUGAGAACCGGUUCCCGUUAUCCAGGCCACUAUAGUUAAGAAAAAGACUUGGUUCUUUAUUUGAAUCCCUGGGAACGAAUCCCGUCCCACAAGAAAUGCCCUGUGGGACAUCACAGGAAAUGACGUAGCUUAGUCAUUAGACUGAGCUACGUCAUUUCCUGUGAUGUCACACAAGCAGCAAAAAUAAUGGACCGGAAAAAAUGCCUCAAGGCAUGGCUAUUCAACUAUAGUGAUCACAGAGACAGGUUGUUUUUGUGUUACUGUAUAUAUUUGUUCUUCUGAAAAAUCCCACUUAAUAUACUUUGGGUAACAACAGUCAAUAUUUUAUUUUUUAUUUUUUUUUAAGGGGGAGCAGUCAAUAUUUAUUUAUUUAUUUUA